AUGGCGAAUCGAACAGUUUCCGAUGAUAGGUUUGAGGAGCUGUUCGGCUCUUUGCAUCCUACUGUUCUGACCGAAAAUUCUUGGCCUUGCUUCAUUUCGAGCUCCCCGGUAGAUCCGGAAGAGUUUCUCAGCGAAUGCGUCGACGUAUGCACAGAUUAUUGGGUAGGAGGUCCUCUUGCUACAUCGUAUCAGCUUCAGGCAAGAGCCCGUGCGAAGUUCUACUAUCCUGACUAUCGGAGUGACUUAGAUGGGGAGGAGCCAGAAGAGAAGUCUCCUGAAGUCAGUAACGUGGAAUACGUCGUCGGGGAUCUGGAUAUGGUGAUCGAAGCCUGUGCAGAGGGGAGAUCCUGGGGAAAAGCUUUUCGACAAGAUCUCCUCUCAGAACUGGUUCGAUCUGAGACACCAUACCCCAAUCAAUGGAAGAUUGCCCAGCGUAUUGCACCGCGUGCAUCUUCAAAGGUAGACCACUGGAGAAUUUUCUGGCGAAUCAUGAGCAUUGCGAUCUGCAAAGCGGUCACGAAGGGGGUACACGAGCUCCUCGAACACAGACUAGGUGUCCCUGAUUCUCCGCCAAUGCUGACUGAGUACCUGGCGAAGAAGAUUGUCACGCAAGAAGAGAGGCUGAAUGACUGGACUUUUUAUCAAAACUCGCAAGAUAGAGUUUUGUGUCUACAGGAUGUGCUCCUCGAUGAUACUGCAGAUGCUGGCGGUAGACUAAGUGUAUCAGCGAAGUUCAUCCUCGAUCAGCUCAUACGACGCGAAAAUGAUGUAUAUGCAUUAGGGAUGGCUGUGGAAGAUACCCAAGAAGAGCUUGAGGCUGAAGACCCAGCACCAGUCAAAUUCGAUGUUUAG